AUGGGUUCUUCUUUCCCUUCUUCUGCUUCAACCUCUUCCCAGCUAACCCCUUCUUUUAUCAUUAAUGCCAAUGCUGCUUCUUCUCCAUCCUCAACCUCUUCCCAUCAAAUCCCUUCCGAGCUUAAUAACUAUGAAGUUUUUAUUAAUUUCAGAGGCAUAGACGUCCGUGAUGGUUUUCUAUCCUUUCUCUUUGAAUCUUUGAAGGAAAAAGGAAUCGAUACCUUCAAAAAUGAAAACCUUCAAAAAGGAAUUGAAAUGACACCAGCCCUCAAGCAAACAAUUCAAGAAUCACGUAUUUCCAUUGUCAUAUUCUCCAAAAACUAUGCAGAUUCUCCAUGGUGCUUGGACGAGCUUGUUGUGAUAAAUGAAUGCAGAGAAAAAUAUCCAACUGAUGAAGGAGUGAGAGGCCCUUUCGCAAGGGCACUUGCUAGGCUUUUAAAAGAUCACAGCGAUAGUUCACACAACCUGGGUGGAUGGUGCCAUGCUUUGAAGACAAUCAGCAACGACUUAAGUGCUUUUGUUUCGAAUGAGAUCAAGUAA